AUGGAUUUUGGAGGAAACUGGGAUAACCAUUUGCCAUUGGUAGAGUUUUCCUACAAUAACAGUUAUCACAAUAGUAUCCAGUGUGCCCUCUAUGAAGCCUUGUAUGGUCGAAAAUGUCGAUCCCCACUUAGUUGGGUGGAAAUCGGGGAUAGUCAACUGACAGGACCCGAGGUGGGAGACAAGGUGCUUUUGAAAGUAUCMCCUUGGAAAGGUUUAGUGCGGUUUGGUAAAAGAGGUAUAUUGAGCCCUAGGAACAUUGGACCCUUUGAAUUUAUUGACAAAGUUGGUCCCGUCGCAUAUAAGCUCAAGUUACCCGAAGAGAUGAGCGAGAUUCAUGGCACGUUUCAUGUUUCGAACCUUAAAAAGUGUUUAGCCGACGAAACUCAAAUUGUUCCCUUGGAAGAAAUUCAAGUAGACAAAACUCUUCACUUUGUUGAAGAACCAGAAGAGAUACUCGACAGGGAAGUUAAGCAGCUCAAAAGGAGUAAAAUCCCGAUCGUCAAGGUUCACUGGAAAUCCAGGCAUGGACCGGAAUACACUUGGGAACGUGAGGACUUUAUGAAACAGAAAUACCCUUAUCUCUUUACUAGAACGGGUGACCGCAUGUCAAAAAAAAAUUGA